GGGAGGAGAUCAGAGGGUUGAGGGUGACGAGUAAGGCGUGUUCAAUCUGUGUGGAAGCGUCCAAGCAGCAGCGUGAUUCAUGCCAUCUGGGCCAUGGACGUCAAUCAGACUCGGGUGAGAGAAGAGGAGCCUGAAGCCAAGCAAAGCGUGAAGCAAAGCACGUGCAUCAUGGCAUUCGUCGUGUCUGUUGUGCCUUUUGUGUUGUCCUGCAUGUGUGUGGUGCAGCUGGUUGCUUUGCGUGUGCGUGAGCAGCUCUUGCCGCAGCGGGAGUUCACGCCUUUGAUCACAGCAUGCCUUCAGAUGAACCAGACUCAGGUAGUUAACCGACUCUUCACUCACACAUUCGUUUAUGCAGUCCAUCCGGCCAUCUUUUAUCGGUCGGUUGCUUGCCUCUGGUGCUGCUUGUGGUGUGGUGGCAUGUGUGUGUAGGCAAACACACAGAUCACACGGCUCUCACAGAUGGACUCUACUGAGCUGCCAGCACAGGUGCGUGCAGGGUGUCAAGCAGGACACAGAACCACACAAUGGCUUCUUUGUGUCAUGCUUCGGUUGGUGUUGCUCUCGUGUGGUUCAUUCAUUCGUCAGAUGGUGGCCAAGGUGAAUCGUCAACUCGCUGCUGUGUCCGACCACCUGGCAGAGCUGGCGCACAUAAUAGAGACCGUCAUGACACAGACAACACACGAGGGUGAGCCGACACACACAUUCGUAAGGGAGAAUGGCACACCAACACACAACCACGCCCUUGUGUGUGUCUGUGUCGUUGUCAGGUGGUGGCUCUGGCGAUUCUGCCGCACAAAGCAACGAUGGCCACGUGCAGGUGUGUGACCACAGGCAGGCACAAGCAAGACACACACACCGAGCCGCCACGUGCAUUGCGUGUGCAUGGCAUUGCUGUGUGGCAUCAGGCCACACCGACGGACCUCUCGGACCUUCCCGCUGAGCCCAUAAGCACCAUCGUCGCAGCCUCUGACGUCAAAACCAUCGGCCGAUUCAAAUCGACAGCCCGCCACUUCACCAACGCCGUGCGGCCCAUCGUCCGCAGCCUUCGGCUGCCGAAGGCCAUCGAGCGGGCGGGGGUGGGCGGUGUGGUGCAGUUCGACGAUCAGCUCGGCGAUGCCGAUGUGAUGAAGGCCAUGUGGGUGGCGGAGGAGGGGGGCGAGGGCGGCUGGGGGGAGAUGGCCGACACACUCAGAGUCGCCGAGCACUGCGGCAAUUGCCAGCUGCCGAUCAUCGUGAAUGCUGGAGACCUGCAGACACACGCCAGCAAGACGGUAAACACGACACACAGAAGAGGCAAUGGGUAAGCUGCUGGAUGUGGGUGUUGGCUGCAGGAUUUCCUGGCACUGCCCCGUGUGUUUGCGCAGUGGAUGCUGGUCGGCCGCAAUGUGGCAUUCCGUCGCCCCACCGGCCAGCAAGACGGCACACUCGAGCUGCUCCGGCACAACAACGAGGUCCGGAUCAUCCGCAACGAGCCCAGCUUCCCCAUCACCAUCAACCCACCCCUCCCCCAGCCCACCGGCCCCGUCCAUCCCUUCUCGCAGCACCCCUUCAUCCACCACGCCAAGCCGCAUGACCCGCCCGUCCGCCACCGCAUUAGGUGGCAGCCUGGUGUGGGCUGGGCGACGGUUGACGUCGACGACGCGCCUGUUCACGCAUCGGCGAGUUCUAUGGUGAAGGGCCUGAUGGUAGCUCACCGGGUGAUGGGUGUGAGUGGAUUCACCGACUCGCCGACAGUGGCGGUGGACCGGUGAGUGGAUGGACGGCACGCAAUGAGAGGGCAAAUGGCUAUGUGUUGCGCUAUUGAUGUGUGUUAGGGGUGUGCGGGGUGGCUACCUCGACAGCAUCAGAACCCGAUCGCCGCACACGCCCCUCGGCGGAUGCUCAGACGUGACGGCAUGGGAGGCGGCCAGUGGGACCUGUGCGCAAGGGCAUGUGCUGAUGACGACCGCCGACCCUUUCAUCGCAUGCAUGAUCUGGCACAGCCACCCAAACGACUACCAGAACGGUACGCAAACACAUUGAUAUCACAUCCUCAUGCUGUCGUCUUGUCUGAUUUCUGCUCUUGUCUGCAUGCAGUCCACGUCUACAUCACUAUCAGCGAGGCGCCAACAGCAGGUGUCCCUCACGAUGCACCCUUCGCGCGGCGAUUUCCUCUGACGGCCUCCCGCAUUCGUCGCGUGGCCAGCCCGAUUGCGCCCUUGGUGCUCGACGGCUAGCAGCC